GUCUAGAUUGCAAAGAAGGGGAUUGUAAACAAACCUGCGGUGCUGAAAAAUGUAAUCUAACCUGCAGUGGGGGAAAGUGUAAAUUACAAAAGUGUCAUGAUGAAGGAGAAUUUUGUGCAAUGGAUCUGGAAUGUAGCGUAGGGGAUUGUGAACAAACUUGUGAUACUAAGACAUGUAAACUGAACUGCAGUGGGGGAAAGUGCAAAAAACAGGAAUGCUCUGAUGAAGUAGAAAUAUGUGAAAUGGGUCUAGAUUGCAGGGAAGGGGAUUGUGAACAAACUUGCGGCGCUGAAAACUGCUAUCUGACCUGCAGUGGGGGAAAGUGUAAGUUACAAAAGUGUCAUGAUGAAGGAGAAUCAUGUGCAAUGGAUCUGGAAUGUAGCGCAGGGGAGUGUGAACAAACUUGCGAUGCUGAAACAUGUAAACUAAACUGCAGCGGGGGAAAGUGCAAAAAACAGGAAUGCUCUGAUGAUGUAAACAUAUGUGAAAUGGGUCUAGAUUGCAAAGAAGGGGAGUGUGAACAAUCUUGUAGCGCUGAGAAAUGCAAUCUGACCUGCAGUGGAGGAAAGUGUAAAUUACAGAAGUGUCAAGAAGAAAGAGAGUCAUGCGCAAUGGAUCUGGAAUGUGGCGAAGGGGAUUGCGAACAGACUUGUGAUGCUAAAACAUGUAAACUAAGCUGCAGCGGGGGAAAGUGCAGUAAACAGCAUUGCAGCAAUAAAGUAAAAGUGUGCAGCAUGCAUUGUAGCGCUAUCGAUUGUACACAAACGUGCGACAGUCCCACAUGCCACAUAGUAAGAAGCUGGCCUAACAAUUCUCAGGGUGGGGUCAUAUGUUCUGGGAAUGGUAGAUGCUGUGGAAGUCUCAUGCCUAAUUACCACUCAUUACCUUUCACGAAGGGAGUCUAUCAUACCCUCUGUGACUGGGGUAAACACUGCAGGUGCACUAAAUGUCUAAAUGGCUUCUGUAGCACUUCAGAUCUAUACAGCUCGAAUAUCAUCACACCUGCCUUUUCUACAACAGAUCAAGUUUUCUCAACUGAAAUUCAAACAGUACAACGAACACGAAACUCCUAUACUUCUUGUGAGUAAAAUCAAAUAAGUGAAUUCUAAAUAGAAAUUUUUUUUACGUUGGAGUGUUCGCGGCUCUUAUGCACUUUUUUAAUGGUUCAUAAACUUAUGCCU